AGUGCUGGAUGCUCCUGAUCGAAGCUCUCAAAUAGCCUCAUCACCAUGUCUCGGGCCACUCUUCUCCACUUCUGUUACUUAACCCUCAUCCCUGUGCUCGUCUCGGCCACCACGGAGCUGCCCCUGACACUUGCACCCCCGUUGGGGCGAAAUUCCACGGAGCCGCCGCAAAAUCUGUCGCCCACGUCAGCCAAUGCAUCAGCUGAGGCGGUUCAAGACGCUUCCAUUGAAGCACCAUUGAGUGCUCCACUUGUGCACCAUAAUGACCCAGUGGCGGUGACAGAGGCAGCCAUGGGGCCCCCAAGCACUGCACCAGGGCGAAGAGUGCUGAAGGCCGACAGCAGAUCGAGGAAGACGGUGGAGGAGAAAUUUCACAGGGUUGCCAAGACGAACUCAUCCCUCGUGAACGGCACUGCGGCCAAGGGUCACAAAACCGACGCUCCGAUGCUCAACUACAUCUUUGACUCGCAUAUCGUCAACAAGCAUCAUCACCAUGACUUUAGGUUCGGCCCACGCUUCGAAGAGAGCAUCUCGAGUCAAGCAAAUGUGACUGUUCGAGAGGGUGGAACGGCACAUUUUAAUUGCAAAAUCACGUAUCUCGCAGACAAAAUGGUGUCGUGGGUGCGUCGAAAUCCCGAGACUGAUGAACUGCAGUUACUCACCGUUGGCCACCAUACCUACAGUGCGGAUUCACGGUUCAGCGUCGACUUCGAGUAUCCCAACAACUGGCGCUUGCGGAUAGCGAUGGUCGACCAGAGGGAUGAAGGAAUCUACGAGUGCCAAAUUUCGACUCACCCACCGCGAGUCAUCCAGAUCUACUUCUACGUCAGCGAGCCGGAAGUGGUUAUUGUGGACGAACAGAGCUCACCUCUCUAUGAGAAAUACUACGAAGUGGACUCGACGCUCGAGCUCAUUUGCAUUGUUCGCCACGUCAGGAUGACAACGUCAAUGGUGCACUGGCUCCACGGGGAAUCGUUGCUGAAUUAUGACACCAACCGGGGUGGAAUCAGCGUACGGACAGAUUUAAUGGAUGAAGGAGCCAAUUCAACACUAUCAGUGGCAAGACUCAAUAAAUCCGAUUCUGGCAACUACACUUGCUCAAUUGGACCAACACAAUUCUUCACGACAUCUGUUCACGUCCUCAAUGAAAGCUUAGCUGAGCUUUACCAUGGAUCAGGAGUUCCACUGGAAAUUGCAUCGAGAGUCAUAUGGCCACUUCUUAUUGUCUACCUAGUAACUAAGGUGCGAUAUAUAUGAAUGUGCGAAUGAAGUGGAGUGAAGAAGACACAUUGAAAACUUUCUUCAUCUAAUUUCCUAUUUAAUCAUCCAUCCCUGAAAAUUCUCUAGAGACUUAAUGUAAUUAAUAAAAUAGACGUUAUGUGGCCAUUUCUCUCUGAACGUGAAAGUUAGUGCAAGGAAAAAGCUACACAAAAUGCUCCGAGAUUUUCCUGCAACAACAAGUAUGAUAAAUAACAAGGUCCAGUGCGUAAUUCAUAUCUCGCUGUGCCUCAGACAAGGAAGAUGAAGUGGGGAGAUGAGAAGUAAUUAAAAUUAGAUAAAUUGUUGAGAGCAUUUAACGAAAAUAAAAUGAGAGCAUUUAGAUGGAGGGAUAAACACGAAAACACAUUAAUGACGAUUUAUCCGUCAUAUUUAUACAAAACACGGACGAGAUAGUCGUUGAUGAUUUGGGAUGUGCGAAUUAAACAUUAUCACACAGAAAUUGUAAGAAAGUUAAUUUACUAAAAUGAUGCCCAUAAAGAAAAUAUUAAUUUGUUUACAUGACAUGGAGAAAAUAAAG